UUGGAGAGUAUAAGCAAAAAUUGAGUUGGAAACGCCGUAUAACAAGUGUGUAUUAGAAAAAAGAUAGCAGUGAGAAAAAAGAGAAAGGAAAUGUAAGUAGUAAAAACUAAAAAGUGCGGUGCAAAUAGUAAUCCUUUUGUAACUUGAACUAGAAGUGUCGAAUUCCUCCUCUUGAAAAUCUAUCUGAAACUGAAACUUGAUUCUUUGAAAGUUGUUAGAAGUUAGAAGAAAGAAAUGGAAGAUUGCAUUAAAAUCCGAAGAUAUGAAGAAGUUCUUACAUCUAAUGAUUUCGAGUCUCUCAUCGAAGCUCAAAACGUUCCCGCUGUUCUAUGCGGUUGCACCAAGAAUUGGACAGCUUUCUCUCUAUGGAACCCACGGAACGAUGGACUCAACUACUUGCAGGAUCGGGUAGGAUCUUCUGUGGUCGAGGCUAUGAUAUCUUCAUCUGCUCCUGUUUUUUACGGUGAUCUUGGUAGUCAUCAAAGGGUUCCUUUACCAUUUUCUACCUUCCUUGAUUUGUGUAAGAAACGGAUGCAUAUGCAAACUCAGCAACAACAGCAUCUAGACAACGAUCAUUGUGUUGCCUCGCAAACGGAUAGCUCACAACAUGAUUGUUUGUCAUUCGAAGAUAUUCCUGAACAAAUUUAUUUAGCCCAGGUGCCGAUCAUGAACAGUAAUCGUCAGGAGAAAGUUCAAUUGGAAACCCUAAGGGAAGACAUUCAGACGCCUCCAAUUUUGGGAGCAAAAGAUCUGUCUUCUAUAAAUUUGUGGAUGAACAAUGCGCAAUCUAGAUCAAGUACUCACUAUGAUCCACACCACAAUCUUUUGUGCAUAGUUUCUGGCCGUAAACAAGUUGUUUUGUGGCCUCCUUCUGCUAGUUCCUCACUCUACCCUAUGCCUAUCUAUGGAGAAGCUUCCAAUCACAGUUCGGUUGCUUUAGAAAACCCUGAUUACUCAAUUUAUCCAAGGGCAGAAGACUUAAUGGAGUUUGGACAAAAGGUUGUUCUGGAGGCAGGCGAUGCACUUUUCAUUCCUGAAGGAUGGUUCCACCAAGUAGAUAGUGAUGAUUUUACUAUUGCUAUUAACUUUUGGUGGAGAUCCAACACAAUGUCUUGCAUGAUGGAACAUAUGGAUGCUUAUUAUUUACGCAGAAUAUUGAGAAGGUUGAUUGACAAAGAGAUGGACCAGCAACUGCUAAAAUUGGGGAUGGGAAAAACUAGGAUGUGUGCGAACGCGCUUCCUAAGAAUGGAAGAGCAAAUCACGCUGAUGAAAAUUGCAGUCAGAUGUUGAAAGGAAUGGAUUUAAAGGAGAAAAGACUUAAAGAGGGGAACACAUUGCUAGAAUUAGAACCUGCUGCAGUCCAGGUGCUUCAUGAACUCGUGUCUUUGGUUCACAACAGUGUUAGCGCUAGCCAGGAUCAGCAAUCACUGUCAACUUCUAUAAAUGAUUAUGAUCUUAUAGGCAGUGAUAAAUAUGAGAAAAUAGCGACUUCUGAAUUGAAAGAUGAUCCAGUUGCCAAAAUUCUCUGGAACGUCAAACCACAAACUCUUCAAAAUGUCUUUCUUGCCAUGGCAAACAACUUCCCAAGAACUUUAGAGGCUCUUGUUCUGCAUGUACUAUCACCAGUUGGGGCUGAAGUUCUUACACGGAAAUUUGAUGAGAUGGAUGAACUAACUAUUGAGGAAGAUCGGAAUAGAUUCUACGAGGUUUUCUACAGUGCGUUUGAUGAUCAAUCUGCAGCAAUGAAUUCUAUUCUGAAGGGGAAGGAGCUAUUCACGCAACAGGCAUUUAAGAAUGUAUUGGACAAAUUUGUGGGAGUGAAUCUAGAAUGCUCAAAGCCAGGGGUCAGAUGAGAUGCUAAGUGAACUUUAUGAAUGAAUUGGCCCACCAAGGUACCUCCGAAGAAUAAAUUGAUGCAUAUUUGAAACCAAAGCAUUUCUUCGUUGGAUCUGUACUUCUAUUUGUCAGUUUACAGUUCAAUAGAUGAUUAUUACACAUUUGAAGUUUGAACAGUGGUUAGUGUUGUAUAGGUAGUAUCAAUUGUAUGUGCCCUAGCCCCUAUGUAUUUGAUACACUGAAUUUACUAAUCAAAAUUGAAAUUGCAGUGUAUUGAUUCUUUGACCCCACCAUUUAAUAUUUUCCUGAAAUAAUGAAACUCCCAAUUUGAA